AACUACGGCCAAGGCCCUCGACCGUCAGGCUACCACAAUCGCCCUCCAAUCCCUCAAGCCCAACGUCCACCUACCGUUGCGCCUCCUCAGAACCCUGACCCUAACAGUCGUGAGGCACUAUGGCCACUGUUUGUUGCCGUAGACAAGGAUCGCAAUGGCCAGCUGAGCGAGUCCUCUUUGCGCAGCGCCCUGGUCAACGGUGACUACACGGCCUUUGAUGCCCACACUGUGCGCAUGAUGAUCCGCAUGUUUGACACGGAUCGCAGCGGCACCAUCAACUUUGACGAGUUCUGCGGUCUGUGGGGUUUCCUGGCUGCCUGGCGCAAUCUGUUUGAUCGCUUUGACGUGGACCGCUCAGGUAACAUCAGCUUCCAAGAGUUUGCCGAUGCUCUUGUCGCAUUUGGCUACCGUCUAAGUCCCCAGUUCGUCCAACUGCUGUUCAAUACCUUCGCCAGGACAACCCGCGGCAGGGGUGAUGAUGCGUAUAGCGGUGGACGCGAGAAGACACUCAGCUUUGAUCUCUUCGUGCAAGCGUGCAUCAGCUUGAAGCGCAUGACGGAUGUCUUUAAGAAAUACGAUGACGACCGUGAUGGAUACAUUACCCUUUCU